AUGAGCUCAGUCGAUUAUCAAAGUCAUUUCUCUCUCGCCAACAUCCCGUUUGGAGUAGCUUCAUCCGAGAGUCACCCAAUGCCGCAAUGUGUGACGCGGUUGGAGAAUAAGGUCAUCUUUCUCGCCGACUUGCAGCGCGCCGGCAUCUUUGCCGGUGUCGCAGGUCUCUCGGAUUCUGUUUUUGAAGAGUCAACCCUCAACGAGUACGCAGCGUUACCAAAGUCCACCCAGCGCGAAGUACGCAAGGUGCUACAAGAAACACUGGCCAAACCCCUACCAACGGGUUUCUCCGAAAAGUUGGGCGCAGUGACACUUCAUAUGCCGGUUCAAGUGGGUGGAUUCACAGAUUUCUCUUGUAGUCUGCACCACGUUCGAAAUGCAGGCCGUGCUAUCCUCAAUGACGAAACUCCUCCACCAGGCUUCUUCAAUUUCCCAAUCGGAUACAAUGGACGAGCCAGCACAGUGUUCACUUCCGGGACUCCGGUGGUCCGGCCGAAGGGACACUUCUAUGACCGUUCUGCUCCCGGCGAAAAGAAGCCUAUCAUUUACGGCCCAUCUCAGGCCUUGGACUACGAGUUGGAAAUAGGCGUCAUUGUUGGCAAGGGAGUCCCUCGCCUACAAGGCUUGAAUGCGAAAGACGCAGACGAGAAUAUUUUCGGAUUUGUCAUCCUGAAUGACUGGAGCGGUAAGGAGCCCUGGUCAAAAAUUUCCCUGAACAGCCCCGGGGGAGGCUGGAGUGGUACAAAGGCUGACAUUGAUUUGUUACUUUCGGGUUGUAUAGCGCGCGACAUUCAAGGAUGUGAGAUGGUUCCAUUGGGACCGCUCAAUGGCAAGUCAUUCGGUAGCAGUAUUUCACCGUGGAUCGUAACGCUCGAUGCCCUGGAACCGUUCAGAGUUCCCGGUCCAAAGCCAGAGCGCGUGCUCGCAAGCCACCUGGAAGAUGCCGACGUAUCUAGUUAUGCCAUUGAUUUGAAAGUGGAGAUCAUUGCGGCUAACCACACGACCAAGAUCAGUGAGUCCAACACGCAAGACCUGCACUGGAGCGGUCGCCAAAUGGCCGCCCACCUGGCAAGUAUUGGGGCCGACCUCCAAACGGGAGACAUCAUUGGAACGGGCACGGUCAGUGGUCCCGUCGAUGGUAGCUACGGCUGUCUCCUCGAGAUCACCAAGGCUGGCAAAGAACCGAUCACCCUGGCCGAUGGGUCAAAGAGGCACUUUUUGCUUGACGGGGAUGUCGUUCGCAUGACCGCCGUGGCUGGUGACCCCGGGUCCGGUGUAGGUUUCGGAGAGUGCGUCGGUGAAGUGAAGCCCGCCAUUUAA